AUGUACAAUCGACCGUUGCGGACAUCCAUGGAUCUGCUACGAGCGCCGCGUGAACAGAUGCCAGCAAUUUGCACCGAAGCUACUUCAAGCCAACCGAGAACUUUCACAGCAAAGGAUCCUGUAUACGCUAAGGUCUACGCGAACAAUAAGUGGACUUGGGUAUCGGGCAUCAUAGUCGAGAAGAUAGGCAAGGUGAUGUACAAUGUCCGGUUUAACAAAAAGAUAAUUCGAUCCCACAUCAAUCAACUGAGGGCACGAGCAGCAUCAGAACCGGAUGCUGAGCAGAUGACUCAAUUGAAGAAGCAGCUACCAAUCAACAUCCUGUUGAAUGAGUGGAAGUUGUCUUGUCCUGCAUCACCUGCUGGGUUGGCAGCUACAUCACCACUGCUGGAACAGCAUGUCAAUCCGUCAUCAACAACGUCACCAGCGGAUAUGCCCUUGCCAUUCCCAGCAUUCUGUAGAAUAAAGUCAUCAUCAUCUUCGUCUUCAAAUUCAGCGGACUUCCAAUCCGCAAACGACUCGUCUCCUGCAAUCAAGGUACCUAGGCGCUCUUCUCGCAAUCGAAGGCCGCCUCAAUGGUUCCAGACAUACCACAGGUAUUAA